AUUAUCUAAUACGGUGUACACGUAACCUUCGCUUAAAACCUUCGACAAUGUCAUUAUAAUCAGACAUUUAAAAACAUGUAUGUGUCCCCUAGAUUAACCAGUGUAUAAAUAAUGAGACUGAUAAAUAAAUAAAAUAAAUUAUUAUAAAAAAACUUUUUCACUUACCACCAUAGUAAUUAACAAUCAGUUUUAUUUGCAAUUUGGCUGAGAUGGUUGCGCCAGUUCUGAGACAAAUAUGGACAGUGACCCCAACUAUAUUAGCUCACUUCAGUGGUGGCGUCAUCUUGUCGUACCCGUCAUGUUUAAUCCCCGGGUUAAAAGCUGUAGACUCUUCCAUCAAAGUGGAUGUUAGCACAGCGUCGUGGCUUGCUUCAUCAGUGGCAAUCGGCAUGGUGAUUGGCAUCAUUCAGUCAACAUACAUACUAAACAAAUUGGGUCGCAAGAUUGCUCACAUGCUUGCAGUGGUGCCUGCCAUCGUUGGCUGGACCCUCAUCUACUUUGCAGCUGAUGUCACUUGGCUCAUCGUUGGAAGAAUUCUUGGAGGACUGAGCACAUCUGCAACAUUUAUUGUGGCGUGCUGCGUCAUCUCCGAAUACACUGCGCCAGAAAUCAGAGGCCUAAUAUUCAGUCUGAAGACAACUUCUUUCGUUUUUGCUUCUCUCCUUGUACACAUUCUGGGAAUGUUAUUUCACUGGAGAACUAUAGCUUUGAUUUCAAAUAUGCCAUUACUAGUGUCUUUAGCGAUUAAUUUUACUUGGGUUGAAAGCCCAGCCUGGCUGGCAUUGAAAGGGUCGACUAAAAAGAGUGAAGAGACAUUCUAUUGGCUGAGGGGCGCCAGUAACAGGUCCGUGAAGGAGUUUGAAGCUAUGAUACAAGCACAGGAUAAACGGAAACAAAACACAAUACAGCCAAUAAGUUUGAAAGACAAAAUUAUAUAUUUUUACGUGAUAUGUACAAAGAAAGAUUUUCUAAAGCCCAUGAUGGUAUGUAUUUGUAUGCUGGGAUGUCUGGAGACAUCGGGACGCCAUAUUUUUCCAGCAUUUUCAACUAUAAUUAUGGCAGAAAUCCUUCCAAAGAACAUGGAUGCGUCAGUCUACAUAAUAAGCUUUGAUAUUAUUGCUUUAGUCGGAAACAGCAUCUCAUCCAUGCUGAUUAAGAUUUUAAAUCGCAGAACAAUGACGUUUCUAAGCGGGAUACUAUCUUUUGUAGCUUUAUGUACAUUUUCUUUAUAUGGUUAUUUAAUUCACGCUGGUUUAGUGACAAGUAAACCUUGGGUAUUAGUAACAAUUCUAAUUAGCUAUCUGACGGUUUCAAAUAUAGGUAUAUCUUCGUUACCUUUAGUUAUCAAAGGUGAAGUAUUUCCACUUUAUAUAAGAGAAACCGGUUUAGCAUUAGCAUCCAUUUGUACAUCAAUUUCAGCAUUCAUUAUUUUAAAAACUACUUUAAUUUUGUUCACCAAUAUAACAGUAUUUGGAACGUUUGCAGUGUUGGCAAUUAUUUUACUAUCGUGUCUUGUUUAUUUGUACUACAAUUUACCAGAAACCAGAAAUAAAACAAUGCAAGAAAUUGAGGACUAUUUUAUCUAUGGAAGCUUUGUUGAUAGGAAUAUUAAAAUAGAGAAUGCUGUAGAUACUGAAGUCACAAUUACUUCCAACAAUGCAUCAGAACAAGACAAGCUGGUUAAACACUAGUAAUUAUGUAAAUUAAUAACAGUAAUGU